AUGGCACGCCAGGCCAACGUCGCCGCCUCCUCGGGAGCUGCCGCCUCAGCCGGCGGCGCCGGUGCCAUUGACCCCCGCGAUCGCAUCAUGUCGCACAUGAACCGCGACCACAAGCGCGAACUUUCCUACUACCUGCAGCACUUCGCUGGUCUUGGACGCGGCGCUGCCUCGUCUCCGUGGAUGAAGGACGUCUCUUUUGAGGGCAUGACCAUUGCUGCUGGUGGCCUUGGCGGAAAAGAGUACUUUGUUGCCUUUAACCCGGCGUUGACCUCGUGGGAGGAGGUGCGCCCCGCCGUCGUCGACAUGGCGCGUGUGUCGAGGGAGGCCCUUGGCUACAGCGACAUUACCGUCUCGCACUUUGAGGCCUCUUCGGGAUUCGCCUUGAUAGUAGGCAUUUCGGUCGCCUUCUAUUUCGUCUGCUACCUGACGCUGGGCUUCGUCUUGCCCGGCCGACCGAUUUGGGGUUUCCUGCAGACGGUGUUUCCCGGUGGCCCGUUGUUUUAUCGCUGGCUCGUCAAGACCAUCUUCUUUCCUGUCUUGGGAAUCCAUCUCACCGAGUGCUGGUGGUUCCACAGGACUCGUCUGGUGAAGCACGGCAUCGAGCCUGGCUCCAGUGUUUGGUGGCAGUGGGUUAGCAGCCUGUUUUUUGAGGGUUACCCUGGCUUCCAGAGGUUUGAUGCCCUCGUCGCGGCGAAGAGGAAGGAGCAGGCGGAGGCGGGCAAGAGCCACUGA